CCGCCAGGACACGUGACCGCCUCCUCCCAGGCUCAGGGGCGGGGCCUGCAGCUGGCAAUGACGUCACGCUCUGUCUGAGCGCAGACCCCGGUAAUGGCGGCCGGUGUGUUGCUGGCGGAGCGUAGUGGGGACAGAGGGUGACCGGCCCGGGAACUGGCGCAGCGCCCGGGAUUCGGAUCACUGAGAACAGACGACUCAGACUUGGAGGGUGACUGAGCGCUGCCUGUCCGUCCCUCAGAGACACGGCAUUGGGUGGGAGGCCCCGGGUAUCCCUCAGUCAGGAGCCCCCGGACGGCGCUAUGGGGAACUGCUUGAAGUCUCCAACGUCGGAUGACAUCUCCCUUCUACACGAAUCACAGUCUGACCGAGCAAGUUAUGGGGAUGGGCCCGAGGGGGACCAGGAGCCCCCACCCCCCUACCAGGAACAAGCCCCAGUGCCCGUGUAUCACCCAACCCCAAGCCAGACUCGCCUAGCUACGCAGCUGACUGAGGAGGAGCAGAUCAGGAUAGCGCAGAGGAUAGGACUCAUACAGCACCUGCCAAAGGGAGUGUACGACCCUGGUAGAGAUGGUUCAGAGAAAAAGAUAAGAGAAUGUGUGAUCUGUAUGAUGGACUUUGUGUAUGGCGACCCCAUACGAUUUCUCCCCUGCAUGCACAUUUACCAUAUGGACUGUAUAGACGACUGGCUAAUGCGAUCCUUCACUUGCCCUUCCUGCAUGGAACCAGUGGAUGCGGCACUGCUGUCCUCCUAUGAGACUAACUGAGCCUGUGUCUGGACUUCCGCACACGGGACAUCGCUGCGGAGGCUCCGCCUGGUCAGAGCCCAAAGAGCCGCAGCAUAGGGAUUAGGAGAAUGCACACCAACCCUAGAACCUACGUAUCUGCUGGCAGACAAGCCUAGGAGGGAAACCUGUCUUACCGCAGACUUUAACGCAGCAGCUCCUGCUUAAUGGAUAAUUAUCUAUUUCUCUUAAUGUGCGCAAGGAAUUAUACUCUUAAUUACUUAUGUGUCGUUAUCAUUAGAUACAAGGCCUAACUAGCAGGUGUAUAUUGAUUAUAUUGUUUCCUGCCUUCUAAAUUUCACAGAUACUCGGAACCUUCCACCUCUCCUCUAAUAACCUGUUAUGUUGUUCGAAGUGUAAUUGUUGGGGUCCGUGUCUAUAAAUGUAUGGGGUGGAGACUUGCCCUGUUCCGGACAGUGUCCCAAAUAUCAGGCCUGGAAUGGGGUUGCCAUCCAGGCUAUGGUGGUUUUUGUUGUUUUUACAUGUGGACAUUCAGAAGAGGAGCUGCUGAUAAAUACUCACCAUUUCAUCCCAUCGUCUUGCUUUCCCAUCCGAUAAGUUAUAUCUGAGAGGACGUCCGUACAGCGGUUUAUAGCCUCCACCAUACAUUACCUCCCCGAAAAAUAGUGGAGGAACCUGGUGUGUAUUAGCGUUUCUUUCUCUUGCAGACCUACACCCCUCUGGAUCAGGGCACUGCUGUGCCAAAGCAGUCUGACAAAUCAUAGACUCGUGGAUACAUUUCACGUUUGUUUUUUUUUAAAGGACUGGCGAACUAGUUUUAACCCUUUGGCUGCCAGAAAUGCCCAAUGUCGGGCUUCUGGCUCCUCUUACAUCGGAGGAAAUAUUUGCACCUUCUAAUAUUAUUAUUAUAAUUAUUAUUUCUUUACAUUGGAAAUGGAAUUCCAUGGCGUUAGGUCUCUAUAAGGUGAACUUCGAUAUUGCAGGACAGGCUCACCUGCACAGCGUUGUGUAUUAAGAGCGCCUACGUUUGUUUCGCCUCGCAAGGUAGAAUCAAGCAGCGUUUCGACAUGAUACAUUAAUGAAGUUGGUUGAUUGUUUAAACAGUGUAUUCAAUGUAAGGACAUGCCCUGCAUAAUAUUAUUUUUUUGUUUGUGUAUUAACCCCUCCUCUGUCAAGGCCUCUGAUUGCACACCGACACAUAAGGCCGCUGACUUUGAAGGGAUUAACUAUCAUUUGUGUUACAUUUAUGUUUAUGUAAUCACUACAGUAUUUUUUUUUUUUUUUUACUUUGUUUAAACUCAAACUGUAUUUUCAUCAGCCUUUCAAAGUGGUGUUGCUAGCUCAGCAUCAGAUUAAAGCUGUGUAUUCCUAAACUUUAAAA